AUGGCUUCCGUCCCGAGUGUGCAAUGCUUCGGCAAGAAGAAGACGGCCACCGCUGUCGCCCACUGCAAGCAAGGCAAGGGCAUGAUCCGGGUCAACGGCCAGCCCCUCUCUCUGGUCCAGCCUGAGAUCCUCCGCUUCAAGGUCUACGAGCCCCUCCUGAUCGUUGGAGCCGACAAGUUCGCCGGUGUCGACAUCCGCGUCCGCGUCUCCGGUGGUGGUCACACCUCCCAGGUUUACGCCAUCCGUCAGGCCAUCGCCAAGUCCAUCGUCGCCUACUACCAGAAGUACGUCGAUGAGCACUCCAAGAACCAGCUGAAGCAGGCUCUUGUCCAGUACGACCGCACACUCCUCGUCGCCGACAACCGUCGUACGGAGCCCAAGAAGUUCGGUGGUCGUGGUGCCCGCGCUCGCUACCAGAAGUCCUACCGUUAA